GAGCCCCUGCCCCACCUCAGUGUUGUCAUGCCCAGCAAGUAGUGAGGAUCAUGACUCGCCCGCGUGUGAACAGGACUUCUCCUAGCUUCUUGCUAGAACUUACAGUGCUGUUGUGCUCUGUGUGUAGCUGUCUUGGACAGUUGUAUCAAUUUCCAUUCAAUGAGAUCCAACACGGACAACUAGAUGUUGUUGAACCGAUAGAACCAGAAGUUAGAGGACGGAGUUCCCGCUGCUACGAUGACAGAGGCAAUGCACAGAAAUGUGUAACGGAGUUUGUGAACGCGGCGUUCAACCUGCCAGUGGAGGUGACUAAUACAUGUGGAGUUCAGCGGCCUCAGGAGUACUGCCUACAAACUGGCGGCUACGGAUCCAAGAAGGCGUGUGAGGUGUGCAAUGCCUACGUGCCCGAGCUGGCUCACCCCUCUCACUACCUGACUGACUUUAACAACAACGACAACCACACCUGGUGGCAGUCUGAGACCAUGUAUGAGGGUAUCCAGUUCCCCAACCAGGUUAACAUCACACUUAGCCUAGGAAAGGCAUUUGACAUCACCUAUGUAAGACUCUUCUUCCACUCCCCGCGCCCAGAGUCCUUUGCCAUCUUCAAGCGCACUACUGAAAAUAAGGAGUGGACACCCUACCAGUACUACAGUGCCACCUGCCGCGACACCUAUGGUAUCCCAGACUCAACAUAUGUGAGGCGGGAAGAUGAAACCCGUGCACUCUGCACCUCAGAAUUUUCAGACAUCUCCCCUCUGACAGGUGGCAAUGUGGCUUUCUCCACCUUGGAGGGUCGACCUUCGGCUUAUAAUUUUGAGAACAGCUCUGAGUUGCAGGAAUGGGUCACAGCCACUGAUAUCCGUAUCAUCCUUGACCGCCUCAAUACCUUCCGAGAUGAGGUCUUUGGUGAUCCCAGGGUGCUCAAAUCCUACUUCUAUGCCAUCACCGAAUUUGCUGUGGGGGGCAGGUGUAAGUGUAACGGGCAUGCAUCAGAGUGCGUGCCAUCAACAGGGCUGGAUGGGUUGGAGCAGCUGGUGUGUCGCUGUGAACACAACACUGCUGGCCAUAACUGUGAUGAGUGUCUUCCUUUCUACAAUGAUGCUCCCUGGUCCAGAGCCACCUCCAUCAAUGCCUACCAGUGCAGACCAUGUAACUGCAAUGGAUACUCCAACCGUUGUUACUUUGACCAAGAGCUUUAUGACAAGACUGGGCAUGGUGGACAUUGCCUCGACUGUGCUGCCAGCCGUGCUGGACCCAACUGUGAGCGAUGCAGGGAUAAUUAUUAUGACCGUGAGGAUGGUGCUUGCAUUGCUUGUAAUUGUAAUGAUAUUGGUUCACUGAGUCUUCAGUGUGCAAGAAAUGGAUUGUGUCAGUGCAAAUCAGGAGUGACUGGAGACAAGUGUGACAGAUGUGCUGAAAACUACUUUGAUUUUGGUCCUCAGGGGUGCAAGCCUUGUGGGUGCAGCGCAGCAGGUAGUCGGAAAAAUGAGGCAAGUUGUGACUCGGUGACAGGCGUAUGUGCAUGUAAGGAACAUGUAGAAGGACAGCAGUGUGACCAGUGUAAACCUGGUUACUUCAACCUUAAUGAGGAAAAUGAGUAUGGAUGUACCCCAUGUUUCUGUUAUGGUCAUUCUUCCAUCUGUUCCUCAGCUGAUGGUUACUCUCAAGGUGCAAUUGAGAGUGGCUUUGUGCGAGGUGAGGAGCGGUGGCGCAUGGAGGAGUCCACAGGAAGACCAGUGUCUCUCAACUACAAUGCCAUCACUCAGAGCCUUGCAGUAUCUGCUCCUGGAAGAGACAAGGUCUACUUUUGCCCUGAUCGUUUCCUUGGUGAUCAGAGGGCAAGCUACAACCAUAAAAUUUCAUUCUUCUUACGUGUGGGAGAACUUGGUCCUCAGUCCAGCACAGAAGAUAUUGUCCUGGAAGGUGCUGGCCUCACCAUCUCAGCACCUAUCUUUGCACAAGGCAAUAGCCUUCCAAGCACCCAGAAACAAGAAUAUAUUUUCCAUCUUCAUGAGAAUUCUAAGUUCGGUUGGUCUCCUCGUCUGACGUCACGGGACUUUAUUUCUCUUUUGUCAAAUCUAACCGCAAUUAAGAUCCGUGGAACAUAUACCUAUGAUGGUCGUGGUUUUGUAGAUGAUGUGAGGCUUGAAACUGCAAGGCGAGGUGUAUUUGGUGUUCACGCUAGUUGGAUAGAGAUGUGCACAUGUCCAGAAGGUUAUGUGGGCCAGUACUGUGAGUCUUGUGCACCAGGCUAUCGCCACAAUCCUGCUAACGGUGGACCAUUUGCUGCCUGUAUUCCUUGCAACUGUAAUAAUCAUGCUGACAUUUGUGACUCUGAGACUGGUCGUUGCAUCUGUCAGCACAACACAGCUGGUGAACAGUGUGAACGUUGUGGUAAGGGCUACUAUGGUAGCUUACAUGGGUCACCAAGUGAUUGUCAGCCUUGCCCAUGCCCGAACAGUGGUGCGUGUAUCCAGCUGCCAGAUGACACUGUUGUCUGCCUUGAAUGCCCCACAGGAUAUGCAGGACCUCGUUGUGAGUUGUGUACGGAUAGUUUCUUUGGAGACCCAAAGGGUCGACAUGGUCCUCCUCGUCCAUGUGAAACCUGUGAUUGCAAUGGCAACAUUGAUCCUAACGCUGUAGCUAAUUGCAAUCGCACAACUGGAGAAUGUUUGAAGUGCAUCUACCAUACUGGUGGUUUCUACUGUGAUCAGUGCUUAUCAGGAUUUUAUGGUGAUGCCCUGGCAUUACCCAAGGGUGAUUGUCGUCCAUGUCGCUGUAACUCGUAUGGAACUCUGGCAGAACGUUAUGGACCACCAGUAUGUGACCAAGUGACGGGACAAUGUCAGUGUAAGCCUCAUGUUACAGGUCUCAAGUGCAAUGAGUGUGAAGCAGGAUUCUGGAAUCUUACAAGUGGGGUGGGUUGUGAACCAUGUGGCUGUGAUUUAACAGGUGCAUUAAAUGGAACUUGUGAUGUACAAACAGGCCAGUGCUUCUGUCAAGUAGGUGUAGUAGGACAGAAGUGUGACAUGUGUGAGCCAUACCAUUAUGGCUUUUCUCGUGAUGGCUGUCAACCCUGUGAUUGUGACCCUAUUGGAUGCUUUCAGUGUGAUGCUACUGGUCAAUGUCCGUGCCGAGAAAAUGUUGAUGGUCGCAGAUGUGAUCGCUGUAGGGAGAAUACUUUUGACAAACAAGCUGGUUGCAUUGACUGCCCUCCAUGCUACAGUCUUGUCUUGGAUAGUGUGAGCAUACAUCGUGAGAGAUUGGCCGAGUUGGAGCGUCUUCUAGCAGACAUUGUGAGCAAUCCGACUGUACUUAACGAUGAAGAUUUUGAAGAAACUUUAGCAACAGUUAUAAGUCAAGUGGAACAGCUAUGGGAUGAUGCUCGGGAAGCAGCGCACUCUGGAGGUGACAAGAGUGUGGCACAACACAUUGUGGAGCUAGAAGAACGUAUCAAAGGCGUAAAAGAAAUACUUAAGGGAAUACGACAGGCAGUUGGGGCAAGUUUGGCAUUGAUGGGAGAGUUUAACAUUACACAAGCUGAAGACAUCAUUCAGAGAGCUCGAGAAGCUCUUACAAAUGCUCAAAUAUACUUGGAUGUGCAAGGAAAUGAUGCUCUGAACAAGGCCUUUGAUCGUUCCAAUCAGUUUGGGCAGCAAUCUGCACUCAUGUCUGAUAUUGCUCGAGAAGCUCGCUCUUUGGCCGAUUCGCAAGAAGAUAGUGCCAAGAGUAUUGAGCAGGUGGCUUAUGAUGCACGUAACACAUCCAAUGAGGCUUUCUUGUUAGCACGAAAAGCAAUUGAUGAUCAGCGAGAUAUAACGGACAUUAUCAAGAGUUUGAAUGGUGAAGCAAUUGACCUAUUAUCUCUUCAUGAAAAAACAACACAAGUGGCCAAUGAAUCAAGAACACUUGCUAAAGCCACUUACCAUGAAGCACUUGCCAUAUCCACGGAGGCCUCUAGCAUUGCCAUCCCACCAAUAGAUGCAGCUGAACUAAAGGCUCAAGCUGCUGCCAUCACCCGUGAAGCUGAGCGUCUUAAGGCUGAGACACAGGAGCUGAUGGAAAGUCGUAGUAAUUUGCUUGUGGAUGUUGAGGCUCAGCUUACAGAAACUUCAGAGUUGGUGCAGCGGGGCGACACACAACAACAGAUUACAUCCGAGCUCUUGGCAGACACAUUUACAGCAGAAGGCCAAGCCAAGGAUGCUAUCAAGAAAGCAGAAAAGACUCUCAAAGAAGCUAAAGAGACACUUACAGUACUUGAAGGGUUUGAUAAGCAAGUCCAGGAGAGUCGUGGUGAGGCAGAGGAUGCUCUGAUCCGUGUUGCAGAAAUUGAAAAACUCAUUGUUGAGGCAGAGGCACGUACUCGUGAUGCUGAAGAUGCACUUAUGGGAGCUGAAUCAGAUGCAAAAAAUGCACGUGAUAUUGCUAAGGAAGCACAAAAGACUGCAAAUGAUGCCAGUGAACAAGCUGGUGAUGUGCGUCUUAAAGCAGAUGCUACCAAAGUUGAAGCUAGCUCUCUCAAGGAUGAAGCAGACCAACUGGCCAGUAGAGUAGCAGGGACCGACUCUCAGGUCAGCACAUAUGAGGAACAAGCAGAAGAAGAUUAUCAGCAGGUCAUGGAGGCCCAGGAGAAAGCUAACCAAGCUAAAGAUCGAGCAGAUGAUGCUAGUGCUAGGGUGCGUGAGGCCUAUGAGGUGGUGCAAGAGAUUUUAGAUAUACUGGAACGUUCGCCAGAUCUUGAUCCUUCAGAGUUGGACCUUCUAGAACAACGCUUGGAGGAGGCCUGGCAGACGUACUACCAAAGUGGUGUAGAGACUACAGUUACAGAGCUCACAGAAGCUCGUAGUUGGCAAAAACGUCAAAUCACACUGUAUGAAAAGGAGAUUAGGCAACUCCAAAUAGAGGUUAUUAAUAUAGAAGAGAUUAAGAUUUCCCUUCCUGAAGGUUGUUACAGUCAAACUAAACUAGAAGCUUAAAUUCAGUAGUUUGACAGGAAUAUAGUACAGUACAGGUAUAAGAAUUCAAAUCAUUGCAUGAAAAAAAAAAGUGUGACUAUUUUUACCAGUAGAUCUUAAUAACAAUAUUUGUAUGGUUUUGAUACUAAUUGAUUUUUCAGUAACUAGUGUAGCAUGACUGCCAAGUGCUCUUUUCACUCGUUUUAUCCACCAUUUCUUGAUUUCUUUAAGCUGGGCAGUGGAGGGUUCUUAUGUUCUACCUUCAGUUGAUUUAAUUCAUAACCUUCAAUUUAUAGACAUUGUAAAAUGGUUUCCAGAAAAUAGCUGACUAGUACUUCAGUAUUUUGAUAUAAUCAUUAUUCAGUAGUAUGAUAUAAGGUGUAAAAUCACAUGUUCUCUUUAGGUGCUGCUAUAUUUUAUGUGAAUGAUGAUUGUGUCAAAAGUAAAUUUAGAUUAGUGUAUUGUAAUAAUAGUUAUGUAAACAUGACAGGUUAGGUACAUUAAUAUAUUUUUUUAGUGUUUAAUCUAUCUAUAUGUAACAAAAGUCUUGAUGUACUGUAUUGUUUACUUGUAAUUUAUAUAAUAUUUGAUAUGAAUAGGAGCAUUGAAUUAUGAAUUGGUACUUUAAUUUUAUUUUAAUGAAAGUAGAGUAAUGCAUUUUUUUAAAGAUCCCUCUUUACCUCCUCCAUUCAACAGACAAGUGUGAUGGCAUAAGCAUUGCUAUAGUAUGUCAAGUUAUCGUACAAAUUUGUUUCAUAGGUAUGCUGUUUUCUGCCCAGUCUUUUACAAACAGUUAUCUCAGUUAUUAGACUGUGGCCACAAGUUACUCUGUAGAUAUUACCAAAGAUGUUAAAAAGAAAGAAAAGUGCUUUGUUUUGCAGAUAAUUGUUUAAUGUCAUUGAAGUACCUUAUAAUGUUGAUUAAUUUGUGCCAAUCUAGUUGUAGUAAAAGUUUUAAUUUUU